AUGACUGUCCAAAAGUUCCACGUAGGAAUUAUUGGAGCUGGAAUCGGUGGCCUUGCGGCUGCAAUUGCCCUUCGUCGAGCCGGUGUUGAAGUUAGUCUGCUGGAAGGCGCUGCGAAAUUAGGAGAAAUUGGCGCCGGCAUCCAAAUGACCCCUAAUGUGUCUGUCCUCCUUCAAAGAUGGGGAGUCGACAAAGUGAUUGGAGACAACCUAGUUCAGAUCGAAGAACUCAACAUGCGUCGUAAAGAUGGCACCAAAGUUGGAUACACUGACAUUCCUGUUCUGGAGAAAGCUUUGGGACGACCCUGGUGGCUUGUCCAUCGCGCUCACCUCCAUGAAGGACUGGUAGAGGUAGCAGAGCAGCUGGGCGCAGUGAUCCACAUUGACUCUCGUAUGGUUGAGAUUGAGUAUGACUCUGAGGACAGAGUAACAGCAAAGACAGCCAAGGGCGACUUACACAGAUUCGACUUGUGUAUCGGCGCUGAUGGAGUCAACAGCGUUGUUCGCCAAGCACUUUUCCCUAAAGUCAUACCGGAGUGUCCAACUACAAACUGUGCAUACAGGGCGAUUGUGCCGUACGAUCUCAUUCGUCGAGACCCAGUUGCAAAGGAGAUUGUCGAUAAACUGACUAUGGAAGUCUGGAUGGGACCUGAUGCUUACGUUAUUUCAUAUCCCAUCAGCGGUGGCGAUGUCUUCAACAUGGUGCUCUCGCAUCAUCCGCCUAAGAAGCUCCAGGCUACUCAACACGACGUCCCGAUUCAGGAGUUGCAAUUUGAGUACAAAGAUUUUGAUCCCAGAAUCAAAAGGAUCAUUGAUAUGGUUCCACAAACAUCUCGCUGGCCUUUGCUGGUUACUGGGCCCUUGGAAUCAUGGUCCUCGCCCAAGAAGAACGUGGUUUUAAUGGGUGACGCCGCCCAUUCAAUGGUCAACCACAUGGCACAAGGCGCUGCCACAGCUAUGGAAGACGGAGCCUUUUUGGGCAAAUUUAUUGGCGCAGUUGUGCAAGGCAAGCUCACUUUGACGGAGGCCGUCAAGCUUUACGAAACUGAGCGUAUGCCAAAGGCGUACAUGAAGCAACAGGUUUCAUUCAUCAACGGUGCAAUUUGGCAUCUGCCAGAUGGCACGCAGAGCCGACAGCGUGACGCUGCGAUGGCUGAUGAGAUGGAGGGAAAGUACUUCAUUCGGAGCAGCAACCUUUAUGGAGACCCGCAGACUGUCUUGGAGGUUUAUGGAUAUGACGCCGAAGGUCAUGCCGAAGAGUCGCUCAGUCGGGUGUUGAACGGAGGAAAAGAUGCUGUUGAUCCCGAGACUGGCGUUCAGCGCACCACGGAGAAUAAGUAUAUGGGAUGGUUCACGAAUCAGGCUCCAAAGCAGAAGCAAGCGGCGCUUUAA